CACAUACAACAUACAAUACAGUUCGAACGAAGAACACUCCGCACUCCGCAAACAGUCGUAUUCUGUGAAGUUUCUUUAUAGUAUGAGUAGGUCAAACAUAAGCAACAGGUGUAAUGCGGAUAUGAAUAUUGUUAAAAGUCCGAGAAUUUUAAUCAUUAAUCGAAAGUAAAAGCUUGGAAGCUGAAGAAACUGUCCACGCAAUAAAUACAGUGAAAAAUGGGGUUAAUCAAGAGAUAGUGUUUUUAAUUAAUAAGGAAGUUUUGUGAGCAUUUUUCCCGUUUAGUAGUGACACUAAAAUUAUCUCGGUUCACACAUAAAUUAUGUAAAUAUUCAGAGUGAUCUGUGCCAGAAACAAAUGCGAAUCGCGAUAAGAUAUCUCGUUUUUUUGUUUAGUCAACGAAAUACUCCGGAUUAAUCAGAGAUUAGUUGGAUAUAUAGAAGAUAUUUUUACAACAUGCCCCUGAGCACAGUUUGUGUCAGUACUGUGAGCAGUAGACCAAGGACUUGGUCGUCAUAUUCGAAUAUCCGUGCCAAAGAUGUUCACGAAAUUUUCAUCAUGAACAGUACCGAAGAUAUAGUUGUAUACAAAGAUCCCGCUGAACCUUUCCAUUCGCCCAGCCUUCAACGACGAACUUUAGGAUGCAGCUACGAUUUUCCCGAAAAGUCUAACAAAAAAGACAAGAAAUGGUCCAUAAGUAGCAUAUUUCGACGAAAGAAGAAAGAAGAGAGCGAAAGCACUAGCGAAGAAGAUGUACAGAAGAAAGGUUUCCUCGGAAGACGGAGAAAGAAAUCUGAAACUCGAAAGAAACGGAAUGUUAAGCCGUCAGUCCCAUUCGACCACGUGGUUCUUCACCCAGGCUCCAGAAAUUCACUCAGCUAUAAUGGAUAUAACUACGGGGAAGAUGUCGGCGUACUAUCAGAUCCUACGGCAGGCUUUUCGAAUUACAUAGGUAGAGCCCUGCCCCAAAUACCUCCAUCUGAUUCUGGCCAAAACUUUAGCCGAGAAUCAUUAAAUCAAUCUUCUAAUAACAAUUUACUAACUGGUUCCGUAGAUAGUGUGAGAAAAAGUCGAAAGGAACUGACCAAAGCUCGAGCUGAAGCAAGGAGAACUUGUUCCAAAAAUGGCAGCAGUUCGGAGGAAGAAUCUCAACACUCCAAUGGUUCCCUACAAAUCCGCAGUGAGGAAAAUCUGAAGAUAGAGAAACAAUACAGCAAGCGUACACGAGCAGCUAGAACUGAAAGAUAUUUAAAACGACAUUCACGUGAUGGUGAAAAUCCUCAUAAUUAUUUAAGACUGUCAAAAUCAGACGUAGAAAAUUCUCCAAUGAACUGGAAGUACUCAGAUGACAGUGCUAGAUCACCGAGUCGGAGUCCUCUAGUUCCAAAAUCUUUAGUAUCUCCGGAAAACAAUCAUAAACUUUCAUUUUCUAGUUUGAACUCUCAAAGUUCUGGACUAACAACGAUUCCUCCUAGUCAUGCUAACAAUGGAAGAUACAGAGUUAGCAAUUCCACCAGUAAUCCUUCAUACAAACCUCCACAAUCCAUGAACGAUUAUAAUAAUAGCAUUAAAAAACACACUCAAAAAUUCUUUCCUGAUUAUAGAAGCGUUUCUUGUGAUGCUAAUAUACACAAAGCUCCAUCAGCUGAAUUUUCGCCAGAAAUACUCCAUGUGCAAUUCCCAGUCAUGAGACCGAAACGAGGAUUUCGGAAUUUGAGCCUCAUAGAUACAUCUCAAAUUAACAAUUUAAGACAACCCCCUCCCCCACCCCCAAGAGAUCCAAAUCGAACGUACGGUAAUCAGUAUCUUGAUAACGGUAGACCAAAUACGUUUUAUUUUGACAACUCUGGACAUACCAAAUCAAAAUCGUUUAACCAUGCUUUACACAGCGAACAAAAUCCAAGAAAGUUUAAUUCUUUUAACCUUCAUCCCAACUAUAGAUCUACAUCAGAGGACCAGCUAACUAGAAACAGUCUGAGUGUUCAAUUGCAAUGUCGACCAUCAUCCACAACUCCGGAAUUCACACGUUCGCAUAAAUUAACAAUGCCACCUGAGGAAACCAAGAAUCCUGCUGAGGAAUUUAACUAUUUAACUGAUAAAAAACCUAGAAGCCGAAAGCCGAUAUUUAUUAAAACAGGAAAUAAAACGACCAGUGAAACCAAUGUUAAUAAAGACAAUUCUGGAAGUCAGAAAGCACUAAAUUUCUGGAAAGAAAUUGAUCGUCAGAAUUCAUUAAAUAAACAUUUGCCGCCCAAGAAUCUUCGUUCAGAGAGUCCUCAGAUGUUUACUAGUCACACACACGUACAAACAAAAGUCUUCCUUCCCAGUGCUAUCCAAACCGAAAGUAACUCAAUCAGUCCCAGUAAUAAUAAGACGAAACUCAGUUCUAGUCAGUUCAGUUCACCAAAGUUCGAGGUCGUUGAAGUACCUUUGAAAGAUGACGUUUCUAUGCUAGGUACUGUUAGCAAAGAAGAUAUAAAACGGAAGUCUGCCAAUUUAGAAGAGGCUUUACAUGAAUUAGAGACAAUAUAUAAUAGCUUGAGGUUAGGAGAUGAGGAUUUGCUCGAAAGAGCCGAACAACGCGAAAAGGAAACACAAAUGAAACACCUGUCUAAAGAUUUGAUGGAUUCUUACCCUAGUUAUACAUCUAGAGGAGCUUUAAGUGAUUCUGGCUUUAGUUACGAACCAUUUGACACUGUAGACUCUCCAAGACGGAAGCGAUUGUCGAAGAAAAAUAAAAUAGAUUUGAAACUGGAUGAUAUGGCAUACAGAAAACUAAACAAAGAUAGAGCGAAUACAAUUGCGGAUCCUCAGUCCGCAAUUUCCCAAAUCAGUUACUUGAUGAGAUCUCCUGUUUUUAAUCGAAACGAGGAUGAAAUGGAGCAGCCUACUACCAUAAACAAUGAGCCCGAUAUAACACUAGAUGACGUGGUAUAUCGGAAUGUGAAACAUUCAAAUAACCUUUUGAAAGUGAUUGAUCCUCAACCACCUUUCGGAAUUCCACUGGGACCAAUAACGCCUGCUGCAAAUAGCGAUUAUUUGCACGCAAAACCAGAAACUAUCUACAAACCAUCGUUUAAACAUAAAAAGAUACCAGACGUUGUAAAGGACGAUUUGGCGUUUAGAAAUCUACGUAAAGAUUCAAACAAAGGUCCAGCAUUACCUCCUCUAACCAGUGAAGAUUUUAGUAACAAUAAUUCAGAUGCAAAUUUGAGCUACUUCAAGAAAAAGAGAGCUCAAAGGUCGAUGUCCGCGAACAUUGGAAAUAUUCUUGGUUCAGGAUCAAUGUCUUCGAGAAACAAUAACGGUGAUGUUGAAAAUGAGUUUAAAACACUGACUGACAUCGCUGAUGCUAUGGAAAUAGCUAGAAGAGUGUUAAAAGAGAAAGAGAAUAAGAUUUCUGCUACCAAAAAGGCUUUUAUGAGUGACACAGACGCUUCCUCUUACUUAUAUCCCAAUGACACCCAUAAAGAAAAUAGACUCAAUUUUUUGAAUGGAUUGAGGCAAAGUACUGUUACUUUCGAUGAGCGAGUGUCCCCCAGGUUAGGGGAUAACUUGUCUUCGAAGCCACCUAGAGGUGUGACACCUGAACGAAGGAGAUCACCGAAGGAAUCUACCCCAAUUCCCGUGUCACCGCUAGAGGAUAAAAGGUAUAUGAACGAGGAUUCAGCUUCGUCUUCUUUUGAUGACUUAUUGAACGCGUUGGCAGAAGAAGCUAAGCAAACUACGGAAAGAAUAACUCAGGAAUUGAAAAAACUUAGCGAGGAAAAGGAUAACGAAAACGCUAGAAAGGCAAAUUCUUUAAAUAAAAGGUUGUCUGAGAUAGAUGCAGUGUCGGAACAGGCAAAGAAAUUGCUAGAAAACGUAGUUGACAGUAGUGAGUUGGUAACUUUGGAAAAAAACGAAGAAGAGGAAGUGAAACAUAUCGAUUUAGAGCCAAUAACGACGGAGUCGGCUACUAUGGUGAUGUCGAGGUUUGAACAUAGAGACCAAGCGAGCACCAAAGACGAAUCUGAGCACGAUUAUGAAAAUCUAUCCUCUGAUAAGGAAAUAAACCUAGAAGAUGGUAUCGUAUCUGCUGGUAUGGACGACAGAGUGAAGAGUCUUUCACCAUUCGAGGAGCACAAAGCGGAACUCAUCGCUAGUUUCCAAGAGCUCAAAGAAAAAGUCGAUGAAAUUAACUUUCCGAUCAAACGAGAAAAUGAAAGUAAAGAUAGUGAAUUGUCGACGAAGAUGGAAUCGAUAUAUGAUAAUCUAGAAAUUGACGAGGUUGCAGGUUUUCCUCAGACAAGACGUCCUCGAUUAUCUAAAUGGCUGCGAUUUUGUUCAGAUGGGAGAUUGCUAGAUCAACGCAGAGAAAUGACUGAUAACCAGGAAGAAAGAAACGAACGAAUUGCCCGCUACAAAGAAGAACGAAGGCGGCAAUUAGCCGAACAGUUUGCUACCCAUCAUUCACCUUCGAGAACAACCAGAAACGUUAACGGUUAUAACAAAGAUGGGGGUUCAUCCAGCAACACCGAAGGCCCCAGACCGACCAGGGCCUCCCAACUGCGAGCCGCAGCAGCCUUAUCUCAGGAAAAUAUUUCUAGUCAGCAGGUUCCAGCUAGUAAAAGUUCUGAGAAAAUGUCCGUAUGUGAUGUAGCCAAUAGCGGAAGCGAGCCAAAGCUCACGGGGUCCAAACGGAUAGAGAGAGAUAAAAGCAACAAGCGGAAGUCGAAUCUGAAUCGUUCACUUAACUCUGAAGAAGUUCCGGAUACCAACAGUGAUAUAAAAGAUCGACGCCGCAGGAGACGCUUUUUCCCUACAGAAGUCUUAGAAUCGUCGUUGGCCACUUCCGGAGAUGACCGAGAAAGAAGCGACUUAAACGCCACUGCCUCUCAAUCCCAAACUUCUACCGUCUCGUCACCAAUCACUGCCUCUUUUUCAUCCUCUUCUACUUCGAAAAUAACUACGCCUAAGAAAUCCGAACUGAGCGUCCACAUGGAAAACGCUCGACGAGGUGUAACUCCAGCUUUUUCAGAAAUGGGAAAGUACAAGCCGUACGCCAAUACCAAACGUGUCGUUACCUCUAGCCCUAAGUCUUCUACAACCAGGUUUAACGCCGACAGCACACAGUCCAGUAAUUCCUUACCUAGAAAAUCGAGUAGUCCUAGUAAUACUAGAGUUAUUGUUUCGGACGAUGAAAGAACUAAAGCCAUCGCUAGUCGAAUGGAAGGGCUUUCAGCUUUAACCAAACAAACUUUAGCGCGAGUCGAAAGAUUAACAAGUAAGACCAGAGAAUCUCCGAGGAAAGAUCUACCAAGGGCACACGAGAGCAGCAGUAGCCCGAUCAAACAAAUAGAUCAAAAAAUGAAGAAAAAGACUCCUGAGAGGUCUCUGCUAUCAUCGAUGCUUAAAAAGAAAUCUGUAGACGAAACCCCAUCAAUUGUCAUAGAAUCUAGUGUUCCAGCUAGUCCUGCUUCUGGACCCGUUUCUAUAUUAAAGAGAAAAGUGUCUCAGGAUGAACAUAAACAGGACGGAAGCCGUCAUUCCUCGACCCAUACGCCUCCAGUAACUUUCUCUCCAAACGUUUUAGAACCUACAACGAGCAAACGGAAACAAGGUAUCUUGAAAAAACGUAGAAGCCUCGAUGAGUCGACUGUAAUGAGGCAUAGAAGUUGUAGUCCAGAUGUAGCUAACAAAGCAGACUCCAGAUCUAUUUUAAAGAAUCAGAGGCGAUCGUCUUUGGAAGAAUUGCGAAGAACUAGAUCACCAGAGACGCCCCUCCAGGGCAUUUUAAAGCGGAGAACUUCUAGACACGAUGAAGACGACCACUCUUUGAACUCUCCACAAAGUAUUCUAAAACGAAAAUCUGGUGCCAGUAGCGCUGGCUCUACCAGCAGUACGCCUCACGUUUCCAUUACCACGGCUGUGAUUCUAGCUGCUGCAGGAGGGGCUGAAAUGGUGCUUGAACCUGAAGCUGACGCCGUCAAACCGAUUCUUAAAAAGAAGAGCUUUUCCGAGGAAUAUUCGCAUUAUUCCGAUACUCCUGUAGAUGUACCGAAACCUAUAUUAAAGAAGAAAUCCAGCACUGAUACUGACGAUUCCGAGGAAAAGCCCAAGCCGAUCUUAAAAUUGCCUAGGACUUCCAUCGAACGAGAUAUCUUGGAAUCCAAUCAGGACUUUAGACCGUUCAAACACACUUCUUCCAGCGAGACUGAAUGCGAAGUCAGACCGAUUCUUAAGCAGAACAGUAGGGAGGAACCGGUCAGACAAAGACUGUCGUUUUGUAGUGAACACACCAACAUUAGAGAUGAACCAAGACCCAGAACUUCCAGAAGGUCGCAUACGAUUUGUACUGAUUUUAACGUAGGGGAUUUUAAUUUAGACACAAGAGAAAGGGAUGAAAUGCUCAAUAAACCGAGACCUUUUUCGGUGCGCGAUUUGGUGAAAUCGUUUGAAACCGAUUGCUCAACCGGGGCUAUACCCAAAAGAAGUAGUUUGAAGAGGAAUAGCGAUAGAUACAAAACGCAACCUAUUACGUCAAAUGAGUUAGAGGCCAGUCGACAUUUGGUUAAAAGUCCGCAGCAGUUUAACGAGGACGAUAUCAAAUCCAAUUUUUCCCAUACGUUCGACGUGCACUCACUGCUAGAUUUCACCACGUCGUUGGAUAAUGACAGCAAUCUAAACAGUUUCUUUUCGUCUUCGUUGCAUAAUCAAACCAAUACAGAAAGCUUCACCUGCGGAAAGAUGUCUUCCGAUUCUGCGUUCCAGUCGUUGGGAGAUGGCCUGGAGUUAGAACAGGACGAAGAUAGUGUACAUGAAUCUGAAAAAGAACAAAUUAAGCCCAAGUCAAAGCAGCCGUCACCUUUGGAGUUACAAAUGAAGGCUGUGGCGGAAGAAGCGAAGAAAAUGAAGCUAGCAAAAGAUGAUGAUGAAGCCGAUGUUUGCAAUAUGAGUUUCGGGGACAGACUAAAGAUGUUCAAUCAGAAAAUAGACCAGACCAUCACCACGAAUUGCAUAAAGCGAACACGUCAUUGUAGAACCCGCUUCGCUACAGACUCGAUAUGCCAAACAGACGUAGACUAUGCACGCAGCUUAUUUGUGAAACCAUCUUACGCUUUAGCCACAGAAGACUUGCACAAUUCGGAAAAACGAAGUAUCCUGAAAAACCCUCCCGAAGCUCCGGCAGUCCAUCAUCGAAACGGCUCACCUCCUCCGAAGAAAUCGUCUCUGAAAAAAUUUAACUCGUUUAACGCUCCCGCCGGUCGCAGGCCUAUUCUAAAGGUCGAAACGUCGCCGGAUAAAGACGACGAAGGCAUCUCGUGCAACGAUUCGGCCUCAAGUUCGGAUUCCGAUGCUUCGUCGAACGCGGCUCGCGAGGGCGCGAAGAGUGACGAACAAAGUGUCGGGAAGAAGGUGGGGAAAUGGAGCGAUAGCACUUCGGAGGGAGAAUCUUCAGGAGGAAGGGAGGUUAGGAGUAUCUUCCAAAACGAGAAUAGACUGAAAAUCAAACAAACUCUGGAGGGCGUUCUGUCCAAGAGCAGAAGCCAAAAUUCAGUAGGUAAUGAUUAUUCGCAACUGUCGCCGAAGAAAACAGUCACCGUCCGGAGAUCUCAAACUCAGAACGAGAUGCCUCAAGCUAUAGCUGACCUACGAGCUAAACUGCAGGAACGGGGAGAGUCGGAAUGGAAGAAGAGAGUGUCCUUGAACAACAGUGCAAGUGACGAAUUGAAAUUAUUAAAGGAGAAAAACAGAUACAAUGAUGAACUCUCUGAAAAAUCCUUAUUGGCGUCGAAGAAAGACGAGCUGGAUGCGGCGUCUAGGCAUUGGAAAUCGAGAGUGGAGAAAUCCGACGCAGAAAAAUUCUCCGUCGCCGGAAAGAUGGGAGAGAAAAUUAAGCAGACGAUUCCUACGAUUAAUAUACCGGCGGCCACAGAUAGCAACAAGAGGACCCCGCAGGCGAAGAGGUUUAAACUGAAGGAUGGUCCAGAUUCAACACCCACGUCUCCAGAAAAAAAUAGUAACUUUGAUCUCACUAGAAGUAAAUCCCUUUCAUAUUCAGCAAGUUUAAUAUCCAAAACAGAAACCGAAACCAGCAAACAUGUCACAAAAUCAGUAUCCGUACUUAAACCAGACGACGAUACCACCUUCAAAUCGUUCUUCAAGAGUUUUGAGCAUUUUGACAACAAAGAGCAAUUGGACGUGUCUCUGGAAGACUUCGAUGCCAUAAAAAGACAACCGUUGUUGGUGAUUAAGAAGAACGUGCAAGUCCAGAGGAGGAGAGGCGCUUCCAAAAAUCCUAUAAAAGUUCUUGCUGCCAGAUCGGAUAUCUCGGAUGAAUAUACCGAAGUUAUCACUGGAGUUGCGGAGAGAGAGAAAAAGAGACUUAAUAUUGAGAAAUUGGCCAAAAAUUCUAAUAAAGCCCUAGAAGCCUUGGCCGGUUUGGCAAGUACAGAAAACUUCAAAUCCGUCGCCUUGAAGAAAUCAACAAAUCCAAUCGGUUGGCAACCCUGGAAAGACGUGAUGCUGUUGCAAGUGAAAGGUAGAAGGCACAUCCAAACAAGGCUAGUGGAACCAAACGCCAGCAGUAUUAACGAAGGCGACAACUACAUCUUAGUCACUUCGAAGGCUCUUUACACCUAUACGGGCGCCUACUCGAAUGUGAUAGAACAAUCCAGGACUUCCGACAUAGUCAACCAUAUCCAAAAGACGGGAGACAUGGGAUGUAAAGUCAACAGGGUACACAGUAUUAGCAGCAAAGAUAAAUCCAAAUACGCUCUGGAAUUUUGGAAGAUUUUGGGAGCGGACAGUAUACCAGAUACUGUAGGAGCUGGACAUCCUGACGAAGACGAAACCUACGAAUCAAAUAUACUCCACACCAACAUGAUAUACACCUUAGAAAACGACGAAUUGGCACCAUACGAGAAAUAUUGGGGAACUAUACCAAAAGUUGAAAUGUUGAAAGAUACUAAUAUCAUAGUUUUUGAUUUUGGUUCGGAGAUGUACGUAUGGAGUGGGAAAAAUGCUGUCCUGGACAGAAAAAAUCUAGCUCUGAAACUCGCUAAAGAAAUGUGGUUUGAGGGGUACAACUAUUCUGACUGCAAUAUUUGUCCGUUGAAUAUUGCUUCCAUUUUAGGCGAGAGAGCACAAGAGUCGUUGCCUCUUAAAGCCGACAAGAGACCCGAAUGGUCUCUCUUUGCCAAAAUAACGCAGCAUCGCGAAACUGUUCUUUUUAGAGAGAAGUUCCUAGACUGGCCAGAUUUUUCUAGGGUCAUUAGAGUAAGGAGCGACGAAAAUAUCAGAGAAGUGAGCGCUUCCAUUGACAUUAAACCAUGUGACGUCGUCGAGAUGGUUAAAGAAAAAGAUAAAGAACCAGAUUUGAUUGUUGAAAAAAACACGCAUUUAGGCCGUGGAGAUUCAUAUUUUGACGAAGAAUCCAGUCGACUUUUUGAGUACGAGUCUCUGAAGAUAAAAGGUUGGCGAAUUUUGGAAAACAGUUACGAAGAACUGCCCGAAAAGUCUUUAGGUCAGUUUUAUGACGCCGACAGUUACAUCUUUCGGUGGGAUUUCAGGCAAACUGUUAAGGGGAGAAGGUUAGGUGGAGAUCCGUCUAAACACUUGGCUGUAGGGAGGGACAGGUGUAUUUUCUUCUGCUGGCAGGGAAGUAACUCGUCAACGAAUGAGAAAGGCACUGCAGCUUUCCUCACAGUGGAAUUGGACAAGCAGAACGCGCCUCAGAUCAGGGUUGAUCAGGGAUCAGAACCAGCAGCAUUUUUGAGGCUCUUUAACGGAAAUAUGAUUAUAAAUAAAGGCAAACGAGAUGGAACUGAAAAAUCAGAUAAGCCUAGUUUGUAUAUCCUGAGAGGGGAAAAAGUUAACGAAAUUUACCUCAUGGAAGUUCCUUUAGCGAUGAGUUCCUUGAGAAGUAGAUCUUCGUUUGUUAUCAUUGAUGUCGAAGGAGAACAGGUAAUAAUUUGGAAUGGUAUUAAAUCAACCGAUCAAAAAAGACUCGUAGCCAAGAGAGCUGUGGAAAAUUUAAUGAAAAAUAAACCUUCCGAACUAAACUUGGACCAAUUCGAUGAGGAUUUAGACAUAAUUGAACUAACAGAAGGUUCUGAAUCAGAAGAUUUCUUCAGCAUAAUCGGCACUGAAGAUAGAAAUAGCUACUACUCGCUACAAAACAACGAAGAAUCCUUUGAUCAUACCAUGAGGCUUUUCAGGAUGAGCAGCAUUACCGGCGAUUUCGUUGCCAGUGAAGUAUUGUGUCCACAUAGAAGUGAACAUUCUAGUCCUUACCCAUUUGUGCAAUCCGAAUUAUAUUCCUCUAGUCAACCAGCUCUAUUUUUGAUCGAUAACCACCACGAACUGUGGUUGUGGCAAGGGUAUUGGCCCGAGAAAGAUGACGACAACGAUUCAGAUUUAAGCGAUCAGACUGGAUCAGGAGCUGUCCGAUGGCAAGCCGAAAGGAAAGCAGCGAUGCAGACAGCGAUAGACUAUUGGAAACAGACUAACGGUGAUAAACCGAUGGUUGGACACUUAGUGUGGGCGGGAUUGGAGCCAUUGCAAUUUAAAAAUAUGUUUCCGGCUUGGGAGGAUAGGCCUGAUGUCAUGGAACUCAACAAAAAGGAAGGUAAAAAUGAAGGCGACAUCUUAUCCAUCGAAAAAGAAUUAGCUCUGCUAUCCCGAACGACAUAUCCUUUAACGGAGCUUCUUCAGAGGCCUUUACCCGAAGGGGUCGAUCCCACCAAUAUCGAAAAAUACUUAUCCGCCGAAGAUUUCCAAGAAUUACUCGCCAUGACCAAAGAGGAAUUCGAAAAGCUUCCGUCUUGGAAGAAGACCGCUCUGAAGAAAGAAAAAGGACUUUUUUGACCGUUGUUUACUUUUUUUGUCGAAUGUCUUAUGAGUGGAUGCUUUGAUUAUUCAAAGCCCAAUGAUUUUAUUUAAUGUUGUGAUUUUGUUCUGUUAUAUUAUGUACUACAAGAAGCGUUGGAAAGCCAAAGUGUGACGUGUGAAGUGUAUAAUUUGAAAUGUGAAUGCGGUAAUAUCACUAGUAUUGUAGGUAACACUGAUUUAUAGCGUCCUGCACCUUCCGGUUCCUAUUUUUCAGCCUCGUCGAUCUUUCAAGUCUCCUACUCGUAAAUCUUUCUCAGACAUUGCUUUUUUGGAUUCCACUUAUACCAGUGGCGGCUCGUAUCACUUUAAGUAGGUAGUGCCAGAAUUCGGGCAGCUGCGUAAAUUUUUAGUGACGGGUUCACGAUAUUGUCAAAAAAGAUAUAAUUAUAAAAUUGUUGAAUGGGUUGCAUGUGAGAGUUCAUUUUAAAUGAAGUAAAAGACAGACGUACUCUCAAUCAUUUAUUGUAACUUCCGACGACCGGUUUCGCUCUCUAAACUAUGCAGAGCAUCUUCAGGUCAACGGUUACAAGUCACUAAAUGAUUCGGAUAUAAGGAGCUACUACCUCAGUAUUCAUUAACAUGAUGUUAUUGCUUAAGUUAUGCUAAUGGGAUAUGGUGGAAUAGACGGAGAAUGUUACAAAGGUAAACAAGUUUAUGGGAUUUGGGAAUUCUUGAGGGUGAAGAGAUAGUUGUUCACACAACUGCUCACAAACACAAUAACAGGCACAGAUUUGUUGGUUGUCUCUCAACAACUAUCUCUUCACCCUCAAGAAUUCCCAAAUCCCAUAAACUUGUUUACCUUUGUAACAUUCUCCGUCUAUUCCACCAUAUCCCAUUAGCAUAACUUAAGCAAUAACAUCAUGUUAAUGAAUACUGAGGUAGUAGCUCCUUGUAUCCGAAUCAUUUAGUGACUUGUAACCGUUGACCUGAAGAUGCUCUGCAUAGUUUAGAGAGCGAAACCGGUCGUCGGAAGUUACAAUAAAUGAUAAAUGAGAGUACGUCUGUCUUUUAGUUCACUUCAUAUAAUUAUAAAUUAAAGGUAUAUAUUAAAGGUAUAUUAUUAUAUUUUACCAUUUCUGGGGUGUCAAGAAAUUUAAACAUUUAAAAUGCAUUCAGUGAUUGAUUUGACAUCAUGUCCGUCCAGCAAGUAAAAUCUCCAACAUCUCUCAACUUGUCGCCCUUUACACAAAUAUCGGAAAAAUAUAGCUAACUGAAAUUCACCAGCGACGUGACGUCUGUCGUUCCAUCGGCAAUCACUGCAACACAAAGAUAAUUUUCAAUUUCUUUACUUAUUUCCUCGUGAUAAACAUCUAACAUGCACUGAAGGAGUUCAUUUUGUGUUGUUUUGAGCUACAUACUUUUAAUAGAUUUGGAACUUUGAAUAUUAACCUAGUCUUUGUCUAAUUCGGCUAACAUUGAACAGUUCCAUAAAGAUGCCUCGUAUUUUCUUAAUUUUCCUUUUGUCGUGAUUUCUCAAAACUAACUCGAAAGCUCCACAAAACCAUAUAGAUAAAAUUUUUAAUUUGAUUCAAAACAUAUCGAUUCUUAUCCACUUCUUGUUCAUUGCGUUUAAUUAGACUAUAUCGAUAAGCUGAAUUUAACUGGGGGUUUAUUAAAAAUUAAAUUUUUUAAAAUUAUUUAAAAAUAUAAUAAUUUAUAAUAAAAAGUUUAAUAAUUAAAAAUGUAAUAAUUAUAAAUACAAAAACGAACGAGCGAGCGUGUAAAGAAACUCGAAAAUAUAAUGUACUACUCUGUACCAGAAUCUUUUUGCAUCUACGAUCCACUAUUCACUAUGAUCAAAGUAAAAAAUAGAUCUUCCUUGUCGAGCCAGGCACGAAUAGUCUCAUGUAAACGUGUAUUAAAAGUGCAAUAUAGCUCUAUCUCUGUCACUUACAUAUAAUGCCCGUAAAAUCUUUCUCUUUUCAGGCAAGCCAUCUAAGAUUUCGGCACGAUCAUCCCGGCCGCUGUGAGUGGCGACGGUUGUAUUACACUACACAGUUGCCAGAUUUUAUAUAAUUUAUAAAGAGAAAAGAAAUACGCACAAACAAAUGAACGGGCAUUAAGACGGUUUAAUGAUAAAAAAAUAUGUUUCUGCAUAAAAAUAAGAUAGUGCCAUGACUCCAUGGCACUACCUCACCGGCCGCCACUGACUUAUACAGGUAGUCUUCGGUCUGCUUUUCUUUUUUUCCGGGGGUUGCCAUUCCACUCUCGGCUUUGGGAGUCGAUGUUUCUCCAUUCUUUUUACAUUGCCACUCCAACAAAGUUGUUUUUCCUGGAUUUCUUCUAUUAUGUUUGUUUUCCUAUUCAUUGUAUAUCGUACUCGUUCAUUCGUUAUGUGUGAGACUCUAGAGAUGCAGGCCGAUCUUCGCCAGAAGUCCAUUUCCAGUGCGAGCAACUUAUGUUCCGUUCCCUUAUUCAGCUGCCAGGUUUUAUAUUCCACACUUUUUAAGAUGCUAUUAUAUAGCUGUGUUUUCUUUUCUUCUGAUAUGGUUUUUGACCAAAGUAGUGAGUUCAAAGCUCCUAUUAUUCUUCCCUUUCAUAAUUCUUUCCUCUAUUUCGAAUUCUGCCCUUCCAAUUUGUUGAAUUCUCUUUCCAACAUAUACAUAAUCAGAGCUUUGUUCGAUAACCAUAUCAUCCUCUAGUUGUGACUCAUUUUUCUCUCCUCCUAUACUCAUAUAUUUGCUUUAGGCCCCAUUUUUUGUAUUCUCGUAACAGCCGGUUUGUCAUACAUAUUAGAUCAUCUUUAUCCUGGGCAAUCACCACCUGAUCUUCAGCAAAAUGUAAUGUGUAUACUGUUGAGUCGUCGUUUAGCUGUAUCCCUAUGCCAGAAGAUGAUUUCCGCCAUUUUUUCAAGACCUCAUUUAUAUGGCUUUAAACAGUGUUGGCGAUAAGCUCCAUCCAUGUCGUAGUCCUAUUCCGUUGGUGGAUGUGUUGACGGAAACAAUUAUAUAAAUAAUAUUAAUUAAAACGCAAACAAUUGUCAAUAAUAUACUUAUUUAUUUUUGGGUAAACAAACGUGCUUCGUUUAUUAUCUCGUAAGGGUUUUGUUGUUGUUUUAGCGAGGGUGUGUCUGAACCGCGCGCCUGCUGUGUCGAUACUGAAUACUGCGAGACCACCACACUCGAUUAUGUCACCACGCUUGCGGUUUUACAAUAUGGCUAGAAAGGCAAUAAAUUACUACAUCUGCGUUUUAAAAAGAUGAGAACCUUUCUGUAUUUUAAAAAGUUGACAUGAGCGUGGCAAUCUGGCGUCGAAAUCUAUUAGUGUUUCCUUGAAAAAAAAAAAACAUUAAUUUUAUACAAUCUGCUUAGGGAUACAUUUCGUUUCUUAAACUUAACGGCCCUUGUUAGCAUAUGGUUUGUAUAUUAAAUGUGAAUUUAAAAUCACUAAUGUUAUUUCGUUUUGAGAAAGGUUAGUAAAAAUUUAGCAAAAAUAGUAAUUAAAGCGUAUCGCUAUAGUCCCUUAUUCACCAUGAAGCUGUCGGAUAAUCUGUUAUUGAUUUUUAUGUUUGAUUGGGUGUUAUAGAAUUUCUGCACUGCUUUUAUUAAAGUUAUAUUAAUAGGGAAUUUUUCCAUGACUUGCUAUAAUUUACACAGUGACACUGUAUCAUAUAUCUUAAAAGAUCGACGAGAGAUCGACGGUGUAUUUCUGUCUCUGGCUACUUUUUUUUCAUGGAGUUGGUUUUGCGUGAACAUGUGGUCGAUGCAGGAUCUUCCUGCUCGGAAUCCUCUUUGUUGAUCGAUCUCUAAAGGACAGCAUUAGAGUUUUGAAAGUUUUUCCAUAUAAUCUCCUAAUACAACAAUUUUUCGUAAUAUACAACUAGUAUUAUCGCAUUCACAUUUCAAAUAAAGCACCAAACCUUUUAAAAUAUAUACUCGGGUGACUCAGUUGUUUACAGUUUGUUUUUUCUAAAUUUCUUGUAGUUACUGUAGUGGUGAUAUAUAUUUUGUCUUUUUUAUUUUUAAAACAUAUCAAAUUUUAGUGGCUUCAAAAACUCUUAACCAAAUUGCAAAGUGUCUGCCAUAUUUUUGUAAAACUUAAUAUUCUAAAUUUGAUAUAAUCACGUCAUCAUAUUGAUAUAAAUGGUGUUAAAAAAAGUUAUAGCGACAUAGAUAGUUAUAGCAAUAUAGAAACGUUUAUUAAAACGUUCCUAUGUUGCUAUAAUUUUAUGACUGGUUUGUCAAAGACUUGUUAUUUCCACAUUUAUCUAAUAAAGCGACAACUUUUACAACUUUAAAGUUUAACACGUUAAUUAUCCUUACUGUUUGUGUCUAGUUUCAUCCAUUUUUUAGAAAUAUAUCUGCCCCUUUUUUUCACUGUUCUCUUCCAAAUGUGGUUUUCGUUAAUCUGAUGCCAUAUUACUCCUUGAUAUGAUCGUUCCCCAUUCUCUUUUUUAUUUCAAAAGUUUUACUACUUAUGGAUCAUUUGACAUUGUUGACUUUCCCACGCUACGCACUGAAAUAUUGUGUCUUCCAGAGUCUUUAGCUACCAGGGGCUCUUUGGGAGUUGAGGCUUGCUGUAGCGGUUACGCUGCUAAUUAAAUAAAUUCAAUUAAAAUUCCAUUCAAAUACCCCUCAAGAAAUUCCGUGUGAGACGCUCGCGACCGAUCCUACAACGACCUAUCGCUGCACAGGCGCGCCAAGUGGAACAAAAUCGAUUUAAUAUCGAUAUCUCGAUUCCUGAUAUCGAGUUUGACCAACCGCUGGUUCAGAUCGACAAAGUCGAUUUUGUUCCACUUGCCGCGCCUGUGCAGCGAAAGGUCGUUGUAAGAUCGGUCGCGAGCGUCUCACACGGGGUUUCUUGAGGGGUAUUUGAAUGGAAUUUUAAUUGAAUUUAUUUAAUUAGUAGCGUAACCGCUACAUUGGCUUCAAGAUGUACUUAAACUUUUCCUACUACCAUACUGCAUAGGUGCUGCUUAGGCUGUUGAGAUUGAUCUUUGUUUUGAUCGCUGUUAUGACUAAUUUUCAAUUAGUUCCUCUUCUUCGUCAGUCACCGGAUGGCAAAGGCUUUGUUUGCUUCUGCUUUAUUCUUGUGCCACGAGAUAAGUAUGGCCGCUCCAGGCAGAGCCUCAUGACGAAAGAAGAUUAUGCCCUGAGACCAAGAGUUAAGGCGACCUUCUUGAGUUCCACAGUUGAGUAUACAGUUCUUCCCCACAACGGUCAAGAAUAAAGUGCUACGGCUCUCAGAGGAAACUUUACAUAGUAGCAAGGCAUUUUCUCAACUCAGGCUACAAAAAAAAAACAGAAAUUCGACUUUUGAAAAGAAACAAGGGAUUAAAAAAGUUAUAUUUUGUCUGAAUGUGAUUGAGGCGUUAACAUUUGCGUUUAUUAUUGUCGUAGAUGUUACUAAAGGACAUUUAAAUCAAUAUAAGAAAAAAUUGAAGUAAUAGUCAAAGUUAGAGAUGUAUUAAUAAACUGUUGAUUUAACAUAGCUUUCAGAAACCGGUUAUUAGUGUGUUAUGAAAGGGCAAUUUUGUAAAAUAUGGAUAUCAUUGUUGUAUCAAUGCCUCUUAGAGAGUCUUAAUUAAUCAACACAAAGUUUAAAGAUAUUUUACAAAAUAUCCUCACAUUUUUUUACUAAUUAGAUAAUUAGGUGUGGACGUAUAAACAAUUUUGAAGCAUUUUUGAGCUUAAUAAGGACGUUUUAUAGUUUUUUACUGUUUUUUGAAACUGCCAUUUAAGAAAUUAGCUUUUGUAUUUACAUCAAGUGAGUACUUAAUUCGUUUGUUUGAAAAUCAAAUAAAAGAUCAAAAUUUCUUCAGUUGUGGUAUAAUUUUUGUUGUUAUAGGUAAUUAUUUUCUUUAUCAAUUUUGUUUGAAAGAACAUACGAAACUGAAUCUUACAAAUAACUUCGCUAAAACAACUAUGCUAUAAAAAUAGGUUAUUUUGAGGUAAUUUUUACAGUUUCUUUUAUUUACUUAAUAUAAUUCCUAUCCUUUGCCAAGGCCUUAAUUUUCUAACACCUCUGACAUUCCCUUAUGGCUUUGUUAUACUUCUUAUGUAGGGUUUUUCUUCCUUGUCGAUAAAGUGCACUUUCUUUACUUGAGAGUUCCAGCCUAAAACUGGUCUAGGAUCCUUUUAGCUGUCGAUUGCUAUCAGCCCAUUUAUCCCCAGUUCGUGAUCAAUACUUGCUUAUUUGCGGAAGCCUGCUCUGUGCUAUGUCAUUCAUUUAUUCAUUCAUUAAGCAUUACACUCCCUAGGGAUUGUAGUUAUUGUCCUUUUCAUGAGCAUUUUUCAGUGCGUAACUAAUGAUAGGAAAAAGGGUAAGUCCGUGAUAAUACACAUUUAUGACAUUUAUUCUAACAUGACAUUUUAGUUAAAUCUGACAGUUGUCACAUUUUAUUUUCAAUUUGGAAUAAAAACAAAUCAAAUGUGUUUCUUGCAUUUAUAAAAUGGUAUUUUCUUUGAUUUGUAUAGUCUUAUAAAUUAUACAGAUUAUAUUUGUAAUAUUAUUAUCUAAUUAAAAAAAAUAUUUUUUUUAUUAUGGCGCCAUCUAUCGACAACUAGAAUAACUAGAAUAAAUGUUUUAAAUGCCUGUAAUCACGGACGUGCUUUUUUUCUGUCACAUACAAUUUAAUGCGUUAGAAAGAAAUCGAAAAACUGUGACGCACUGAAAGAUGAUCAUGAGAAAAAGAAUAACGUCAUGGCGUUCAAAAUCCUAUUCCUGGUUGCGGUGGAUUACUCAUCUAUGUCAUUUAUAGCUUGCUGUGUCUUUUCUGCUGUCGUGACCCUUUUCCAUUUUUUCCUGUCCUUGCACUAAACUUUCUAGUCUUUAAUAUUCAUUGUUCUUAAACCUUCUAAAUCAUCCAUCCAUCUUCUUCUAUUCCUUCCUCUACACCUGUGCGAUAGUGGUGGUUGUUUUCAUUCUUAUUUCUCCCUCUUUUGUUACAUUGUGGUCCAGUAUCGUUCUCAUUAUUUUUCUUUCAACUUUCAGAAGGCUAUCUUCCUCUUUCUGGUUAAUAGUCAUUGUUUCCAUCCCAUAUGUAACAACAGGUCUUAUUGUUCAUCUUAGAAUCUUGCUUAUCAGCAGAUGUCCAAUAAUAUAGCUCUGCGAUAUUCACCUUGUUAGGCCACCAAAUUAUAAUGAUAUUAUGAAGGCACCUACAUAUAUGCAACAGAAACUUGAAUCUUCAAGCUUGUUUCCAUAUCUUACAGUUAUUCAGGAGAACCCACUUCAUGCGGAAGUUGUGCAGAGCAUCCUUAAUUCUUUGUAAUCCUGCUCUGUACUUUUUAAUCAACCCUUCUAUUUUCUUUCAGCGUAAAGCUAAACUAAGAAAACUAAGAAAAAGUGAAUGUGUCCCAGAUGCCAAGACUUUCGAUCAUUCGUCAUACCUGGACAACCAAUUGCGUUAAAGGAAAGAGGUCACAUGUUCCGUGGGUGGUGUGUUGACGGAAACAAUUAAAUGAAAUUACAAUAAGUGUAAGACAACGAACAAUAUAUUUAUUUAUUUUUGGGUAAAAAGUCGUGCUUAUAUCUCGUAAGAGGGUUUGUUAUUUUUUGCGGGACGACGGUUUGUGUCAGACUGCCUGUGGAUGAACUAAAAACAUUAGUUUUACAUUUCUGUGGUUUUUAAAGAAGUUGAAGACUGAUUUAUUGACAUAAGGAGGCUGGCCCUUUAUCGUCCCGUAAUCUAUUAUGGAAUUUGCGUUUCCCAUACAUAAACUGAACAGGCCAUCAACAUCUUGUGUUUUAAAAGCUGAGAAGGCAUUUUUUCUGAAUACUGAUUUAUUUCGUUUCUUAAAAUUUAAGAGGCCCUUUAUGCAUAUGGUUUGUGAAUUUUAAAAUGGGACGUAUUAUUUAAUUUUGAAAAAGUUAUUAAAAAUUAAAAUUAGCAAAAUAGUAAUUGAAGCGUGUCGCCACAGUUGCUACAUUGAUAAAUUAUCUGUGCACACCUGUGCACCACUUAUUUAUCUCAAAUGAAGAAAAUAGAUACAUAAAACGGCAUCAAACACAUAUCAUCAUAAGCCUCUUCCUCGUGUCUCCAUCCCCGUCUAUUCUGCUCCGCUCUCAUCCAGCUUUUUAUCUAGAUUUUUCCAAUAACCCCUUUAUCCAUCGCCCUCUAUCAUUCUAGCUAUGUGUCCUGCCCAUCUCCAUUUUACUCUGGCUAUGCCAGUCACCUUGGUUCUUCUUCUGAUGUUUUUUUAUUUUAUCUCGCAGAGGUAUUCGUAACAUGGAUCGCUCCAUUCAUUUCUGCGCGACUCUCAGUUUCGUAACCAAGGCUUACCUUAAGGUAAGUGUUUCUGCCCCGUAUAUCAGUACUGGGAGGACGCAGUGAUUAAAUACUUUACUAGAGGCAUGUAGGCUGCUCAUUUUUAGAAGUUUUUUUCAGUUUAUACAGGGUGAGUGGGGAGGAACGCGCCAAACGUUAAGACUGUAUAAUAUACGUAAAAAUAAUCAAAAAUAACUCAUAUUCGAUUUUCAUUUGUUUCUGAGAUACGGGGAGUUAAAAUUUUUAUUACAAACUGACGAUUUAUUUAUUGCUCUAAAACCGGUUGAGGUGUGCAAAUGAAAUUUGGUGGGUUUUAAGACAUAGCUAUUGCGCAUGUUUUGACACACAAUUAAGAAUUUUAUAUUCACCAUUGGCGCGCGUACGGGUAAUAGUCUGAAAUUUUUUAAAGAUAAAAAUGGUACGGCACUGAAAUAUUUCAAAUUAAAAAGCUUUCUUCAAUUCCUCGUUCAAUUUGUGACAAAAAAAUCUAUCUUCCCUUUUUUUCAUGCGACGCUUAGUUUUCAUGCAAAAAAUAAAACAUCUUAACGCUUACAAAGUUUUCGACGAAGUUUCUAUAUGAAUGUGUAGAAACUUAUUUCGAAUACUUUGUAAGCGUUAAGAUAUUUUAUUUUUUGCAUGAAAACGAAGCGUCGUAUGAACAAACAUGAAGAUAGAUGGUUUGUCAGAAAUUGAACAGGGAAUUGAAAAAUAAUGUUUAAUUUGAAAUAUAUCAGUGGCGUACUAUCGGUACGCGCGCCAAUGGUGAAUAUAAAAUUCUUAAUUAUUGUGUGUCAAAAUAUGUGCAAUAACUAUGUCUUAAAACCCACCACAUUUCAUUUGCACACCUCAACCGGUUUUAGAGCAUAGAUAAAUCGUCAGUUUCUAAGAAAAAUUUUAACACCCCAUAUCUCGGAAACAAGUGAAAAUCGAUUAACAACGUAUGAGUUAUUUUUGAUUAUUUUUACGUAUAUUAUACAGCCUUAAAGUUUGGCGCGUUUCUUCCAACUCACCCUGUAUAUGCUACCCACCAAGACCGAACAGACACAUAAAUUCAUGAAAUUCUCUCAGUUUUUCAUAUGCUGUCCACCCAAGGCUGAUCAAACACAUAUAAAUUCAGAAAAUUAUGCAAAAUCGUACACGUUUUUUUAUAUACGGGUUGAUCGAUCUUAUAUAAGAUAAGGUUCUUCUUUUUAAUUCUAUUUUAAAUUCUUCUGGCCGAGCGUCUUCUUCUUAGGUUGAUAUUAUUGUUGCUCAUCUGUUUUAAACUUUGUAACUGUGUUUAGUAGCAAGUUUUCUAUGCUCUACAUGUUACAGUUGAAACUUUUUGUUAAAUUGACUUUGAAAAUAUAUUACUUUAUUCACUGGUUAUCAAUUAUCUUGUAACGCUAAUAUCUACGAACAUAAACUUACGUGCAUAGAAAUCGGCCCACUUAAAUAUUUGGUCAUUUUUGAUGUCUAAUAUUUCCUAAACCUGUCGGUCGAUUUAUGUGAUUUUUUGAACAUGUUAUAGCCUGAUUCCUUAACAAUACCACUGUAAUAAUAUUGUUGCCAAAGAGGUAAAUUUUCAUUGUAUACCGGGUGUACCAAUCAAACUGUGUUUUUUUCUCAAAGUUCUCAUCGCCCUGUGGAAUAUUCUAGCAUUUAUAAAAUACUGAAAUUAAAACCCAACUAUAGCCUCAGGUUCUUUUAACAUUCCGUUUUUUGAUUCAUUCGUUUAUGUUGGAUAAUAAAAAAGGUAGGUACUUUAACAACUAGACAUGUUCUUUAUCAAUACACGUGUUUCUAAAUAAGUGCGACAAACUUUAAGGGGCAAUUCUGCAUGAAAAAAUAAUGACCGUUUGCAUCAUAAACGUAUGUCCGCAAAUGUUUCGUUUACGAGAUACGGGAUGUUGAAUUUUUUCUUACAAACUGACGAUUUAUUUAUUGCUUUAAAACCAGUUGAGAUAUGCAAAUGAAAUUUGGUGGGUUUUAAAACGUAGUUAUUGGACAUUUUUUGACAUACAAUUAAGAAUUUAAUUUUCACCAUUAGCGCGCAUACGUGUAAUAUGACCGAUCAUAUUACCCGUAUGCACGCUAAUGGUGAAUAUAUAAUUCUUAAUUUUAUGUCAAUAAAUCCGCAAUAACUAUCUCUUAAAACUCACCAAAUUUCAUUUGCAUAUUUCAACUGGUUUUAAAGUGAUAAAUAAAUCGUCAGUUUAUAAGAACAAUUUCAACAUCCCGUAUCUCGGAAUCGAAACAUUUGCGGACAUACGUUUAUAAAGCCAACUAUCAUUAUUUUUUAAUUCAGAAUUACCCCUUAAAGUUGGCGUUACUUAUUUAGAAACACCGUGUAUUGAUGAAGAACAUGUCUAGUUGUUAAAGUACCUAACUUUUUUAUUGUCCAACAUAAACGAAUAAAUCGAAAAACAAAAUGUUAAGAAAAUCUGAGGCUAUAGUUGAGUUUUAAUUUCAGUAUUUUAUAAAUGCUAGAAUAUUGCACAGGGCGAUGCGAACUUUGAGAAAAAAAUCAAAGUUUGGUUGGUACACCCGGUAUAUAAUGAAAAUUUACCUGUUUAACAACAAUAUUAUUACAGUGGUAUUGUUAAAGGAUCAGGCUAUAACAUAUUCAAAAAAUCACUUAAAUCGGCCAACAGGUUUAGGAAAUAUUAGACAUCAAAAAUGACCAAAUAUUUAAGUGGGCCGAUUUCUAUGCACGUAAGUUUAUUUUAGUACACUUAUAUUCGUGGUAUGUGGUUUGGAAGAUUCAGUUUUGUAAAUUUUUUUGUAAACAUUUUCCUUGAAGUGUAACCAAAAUUUUCCAAGCUUACCAGAUGACCUAAAUGUUCAUAACUGGAUUUUUAUUACAUUGACAUUGCAAAUAUUUUCAGGUCAUUGUUUGGAAAAUAUGCAUAAAUAGUUUUUUAUUCUGGUCUUCUGGAUAAAACAUUUACCAUCGUCGUAUAUCAUUUCGGUUUAUCGUAAAUGGUGUUGUUAUGAUGAACAAGUGUAAAAAAGUAUAAACUGGAGGUGUAGUAGGUAAUAUUGGAUAAUUUGUUGACAAUUUGGUAAUCUAUAUGUGGAAAUUACAAGAAAGUGCUUUGGUCCCUUCUAGUCUGCCCAAAACAUAGACCGUAACAUUUUCACUUCAUCUACUUCUAUCUUAUUUUCCUGAACGCUCUUUGCAUUUCACACUUCACCGCCGUAACCCAAUGCUGGUCUCACGUCUCUUGUAUAUCUUUUCUCUCAGCCCUCUCCCGAUUUUUUGAUCACAGAGUACACCACUCAUUAGCUUCCAGAUAAAUCAACUAACCUUUAUCCUGUGGGCUAUGUUUCGGUCUAGUGUCUCAUUUUCCGUUAUGUAGGAGCCAUUGUAUUUAAAUUCUCCUAUUCGUUCUAGUUUUCCCAAGCAAUUCGUUGUUCCCCACAAUUCCUGUACGUCCAGAUCACAUAUACUUUGUUUUCGACCUGCUAAUCUUAUAUGUCUUCCCUUUCAAUAGCCGUUCUCCAACUCUCGAACAGUUUUUUUCUCCUCCGCUAAUAUAGGACAAUAUUCCAGCUGUGUCCCGGAAAAUAGUGCGUUCCUUUAAGGUAUGGAUAGAAUACACAAUUAGAACAAAAAAGUUCAGUAACAUUUUUUUCUAAAGUUAACUGUUUCCAAAAAAAUAUUACAUUGUUUUACGUAUUUUAAUGUUUAGAAAUUUAAAUAGCCUGGUAAUAUCAUACGCACUACGGAAUAAUAACAGAUAAUAAGAACUGGCUUGUGAUUUUUUACAGUACAUAUUUAAAAUAAUCCAACCUAACAGUACUUGUGCAUUUACUAUUAUUUGUUUUUUUUUGUUAUUUGUUUACUAUAAUUAUUUAGAUACACAUACACAUACAUAAUUUUAAACGAAUUAUACAUCUUUUCACAUAAAAACACAUCUUUUAACUGAACUAGUAUUAUGUAUUUAGUAAGUUUUAAAUGUGUUGAAUGCUGAGGGCUUUAACAUGAAAAUUAAAUACACCAGAUUAAGUUGUACUUACUUGAAUAUAAUUAUUAUAACCAAUAAAUGUUCAUGUUCAAAGUAACUCACUUUCACGAACACAUACAUUCAUACGACGAGAAAUACCGGAAAAACACUUUGAAAGAAAUUAUAGUAUGUAUCUAGUGAUCUGCCAUAAAUAAUCAAAAUAAUAACAUAAUAGGUAAUGAAGUCACGAUUCGAAAACAUUUUAGGCAUUGACACUAAACACGAUUCUUUCAAACUAUCCAUGUAUUUACUAAACAUAGGACUGUCUACGUUUAAAUUUUCAUACCUCACAGUGUUGCCAGAUUUUAAUUUGCAUACCAAAAUGUAUUUUAAUUUUUUGGUCAAACGGUACCAUUUAGAAAAAAAUGUUAAAAGAGUUUUUUGUUUUACAUGGUGCUCUCUACCUACACCUUUAAGGAACGCACUAUUUUCCGGGACACCCUGUAUAAACAUGUCUGUAAUUUCACCUUAUUUCAUAAUUUAUAUUGUAAAUAUCUGAUCUAAAGACUUCCCUUAGUUUUCUGUAAGCUGCCCAUUGCCCAUGUUAGUCCUAUUCUCCUGUUUAACUCUGUUGUCUGAUUGUCUCUUCACAAUUUAAUCUCGCGGUCCAGAUAUUUGUUAAAUUAGUUGAGAUGUUUUUGGCCAGUACAAGGUUGGUCAUGUCAGAUUGUGUUUUAGAAACGUCAAUUUUAAGGCCAACUCGUGUACAAGAGCCAUGAAGUUGGCAGGCAUGAUACCCCCUGUCUGCAAUAAGUACUAUGUCGUCUGCAAACGUCAAGUUGUUUAGAUACUCCCCAUGUAUGUUGACUCCAAUAUUUUACCAAUUACUGUUCCUCAUAACACUUUGUAACAAAGCGAUGAACAAUUGAAGAGAGAUGGUGUCCCUUGCCUAAUACCCCUCUUCAAGUGAAAUGUGUUUGUGUCCCCUCAGUAGAUUCUCACGGCAGCUGUUAAUCUGUUAAUAUAUGUUACGAAGAAGAGCUCUUUAACUACGAUCAAUGCUGCAUUCUGUAAGUGCUUUUAACAAUGCUGGACUGAAUCAAACGCUUUCUCAAAGUCUUUAUGCUCAUACAGGUAAAUAAUAUAUGAUUUUUACAUUUACCAUAGACAGAAAAAUUGUAAUAAUAUUGUAAACUAUAAUAAAAAGUUCUAAAAACAAACAAUUACAAAAUUAAUAAUAGCUGUAGUCUAUAUUCUUUAUUAAUUACUAUUUCUACAAGUUUUUUCAAAGGUCUAGAGUGGUAAAUGUUAAACAAAGAAUUCUAUUUGAUGAAAAUCUUCAUAAUGAACUAAAUGAACGCAUUCUUGAGACUGGAGAACAAAAAGAUGAGUUUGUUCAUCAUAUUGCACCGUUAUAAUGAACCGAUUUGAUAUAAAAUUUCUAAAAACUAUAAAAAUAUUUUAACUUUAUUUUAUCUUCUAAUAUUAUCUGUGAUUAGGCUAUGUAUUUAUGUUGUAACUUGUAUAUAUUAUACCCAAAGUGUAUAUAAAAGAGGUGCCUUGUAAUUUUUCGGAAUUGAGAGCACUCAAUAGAUUUUUGAGUCGCUGAACAUUUCUAGUCUUUGUGAUCCUCACGGCACUGACAUUAUUAAGUUAUUAUUUCUGAGAUUUUUCACACUUUCAAAUUUUAAUUUAUUUGUAUGAUAUCGACAUGUUUAAAAUAGUUUUUAGAGUUAUCUUUGAAGGUUAUCGAAAUUUUUAGUUUUAACAAAUUGGCGUCAAAGUGACAAUUUUUUGGCAGAGUGUUCCAAUGAAUGAGCGAAAAUCACUUGACUGGGUCCUAUUUUACUCAAGUUUUAUUGAGUUUGCAUCAACUUCUGAACAAAGACCUCCCUGUUUUGUGCUAUUUGGUCGCAUUUUUUUCUCCUCACACCUGUCUAAAAAUUUAUUAAUAAAUAAAUAGUCAGUGGGGAAUAUUUAAUCUUUUUCCUAUGCCCCGGGUUGGGCGCCUACGUAAAAACACACAUUUUUUUUCAAAUUUAUUAGUAAAGAGAAUCUUUUUCUGCCCACUUCCAGAAUAUUUAUCAUGUUUGUUCUAUCCUGCCAAAAAUUAUUAUCAGUAUGAAUACUACACCGCUUUUUUCCACUUUUUGGAAUUGUUAUUCUCAAUUAGUGUAUUGUUUUAAUUCAUAAGUGUUAAAUGUCUUAAAUUUAUAAUCUCAUAUUAUGUAUUCUCAUGUUGACAUUCUUACCGUCUGGAGAUAAUUUGAAACUUCUUCUGAUCCUUUUUUAAGACUUAAUAAGAUGAAAUAUUGAACGGAUGUAGACUUGCACACUGUUCUCAAUAGUGUAUCCUUCCUUCUGUGUCUACCGCCUCUGUUUAAGUAUCUGCAAUUUAAAUAUUAUAAUUACACAUACAUAUAAUUUCAGCUUAUGUAAUUUCAUAUUUGUGUGUAAAUUAUUUUGCCAAAUAGCCCGGUCAAUGAGCACAAAAGUUUGCCAAAAAAAUAAAUCAAGAAUGAAAGUUUAUUAUACAUUUCUAAAAGAAUAUAUAAGUUGAAAAUGUUUUAUCGAAAAAAAGAACAAUACCAAAGGACCUCCAUUUUACAAAAAUGUUGCGAAAAGAGUUGACUUAUGUAUUUCUUGUAUUUCGUAAAAUAAUUAAAAACACAAUUUUUUUGACAAUUAUAUUGGCACUUUGCUUUAAAAAUUGGUCUUCUUAUUUAUUUUUCAUUAUUUUACAAAAUACAGCCCAAUAUAUGAAAACUCAACCUUUCUUGAAAAAUGUUUGCAAAACAGAGGUACCUUAGGAAUGUACACUUUUUUUAUUUAAUAAUAGACACUUUCAUCUACCUAUUCUCAAAUUCUCUUCCUUAAUUUAUUUUAUUUGGAUCAUAGAGUUCUUUGAUCGGGCGAAAAUGCCAUUUUGGAAAUUUUAUGCACUCUUCUCGUAUAUUUUAUUCCAAUGAUUUUUUCGCUUUCAAAUAAAGUCGGAUUUUCAGUUAUUUUUGCACCUUGUAUUUAGAUUCUUUUAAGAGUUUCCAGUUUCCGAAAUGUUUAUUUGUAGAAGAUAUCAACAUUCUUUCUCAGUUUUUACAGCCAAAUUGUCAAAAUUAUUAAUUUCGAAAAACUUAUCCCAAAAAAGUUUUCAUAAAUAUAUAGAAUAAUAAAUAGAACAUUAUUUGUAAAUAACGCACAUCUUUAUGUAAAAUUUGACGCUAUUAAAUAAUAAAAUAAUCCAAAUUUAACGUAAUAUUUCCAAUAGGGCCAAUCCUAUUAUUUUACAUAUGAUCAGUUUUUUUAUUAUUCUGUAUAUUUUGACAAUAUUGUAAUCGAAGUCUGUAAAAUUCGUAUUGUAUUUAAGUCUUUUCUAUACUAAAAUAAGAUCAUACAUUUGUAAUUAUAUUGUUGUGUACUCUCAUAACCUUUUUGAUUAAUAAAUAUUUUCACAGAAAUCAGA